AUGAGCGCAUUGAUAUUAGGAGCUACUGGUUUAUGUGGUGGUUCUUUCUUGAGAAAUGCCAUUGCCAGCGACAAGUUUACAGAAGUCUUUACUAUCACUAGAAGGGAACUACCUUCUGAUGCCGAUAAUGUAAAACAAAUUGUUGAGACUGACAGCAGUAAGUGGGCACAACUGUUUCCUGAAACCGGGGUUAAGUUUUACUUUAGUGCAUUUGGUACCACCAGAGCAGCUGCAGGUAGUGCAGAGAAUUUUUACAAGAUUGAUCACGAUUUAAACGUUGAAUUGGCUAAAGCAGCCAAGACAAAGGGAUGUACAACCAUGGUAUUGGUUAGCUCAGUCGGUGCUAACGAAAAUUCCAUGCUCCCCUACUUCAAAGAUAAAGGUGAAAUUGAGAGAGAUAUUUUAGCUCUUGAUUUUGAUCAUACAAUAAUUCUACGUCCUGGUCCACUCUUGGGUAGGCAAAAGAGUAAAGGAUUCCUAGAUGGGAUUACCUGUAAAUUGAGUAGUGCUAUCUAUGGGACUCCAUUACAAUCACUGUUUAGUCAUCCAGUUUAUGGUGAAGAUGUGGGUAAGGUUGGUGUUGAUCUAGCGCUACAAUCCGCGGCUCUUGGUGCAAAAUCUGAAAAAGUAAGAAUUGUAACAUCUUCAGAAAUUAGAGAUAUUGCAUCAAAGAUUUGA